UCCCGUUCACACUUAGCAGCGGGCGCUGGGCGUGUGUGAAAUGAGGCGGCCCGGGGCCGCCCGGCUCCCGCCUUGCGCUGAGCGGCUGGGGCUGUGAGCGGGAUCCCCGGGGGGGCCGCUUUGGGAGUCCGCCCCCCCCCGCGCAGGGACUCGAUGCCCAGGCAGGGAGCAUGGCAGGGAGGCGGCCGCUGGGCACCCGCGCCCGCUCCCUGCUCCGGUGGCUGGGGAUGCUGCUGUUGCCGCUGCUCCAGGCCGGGCAGGGCUGCCCGGGGCACUGCUACUGCUUCGCCACGCCGGAGCUGGACCAGUGCAGCUACGUGCGCCUGCAGGAGCCGCCGCGGGACCUGCCCCGCGGGGUGCGCAACCUCACCAUCGCGGGCGGCAACCUGACGGUGCUGCGCCGGGCCGCCUUCGCCGGCAACGCGAGCCGGCUGCUGGGCGACCUGAGCCGGCUGCUGCUGCCCCGCGACAACAUCCAGGCCAUCGAGGAUCGCGCCUUCCAGGGGCUGCCCGGCCUGGCGGCGCUGGACCUCAGCCACAACCCGCUGCGCGCCCUGGCCGGCGGCGCCUUCCGCGGCUGCCCGCGGCUGCGCACCCUCAAGCUCAACCAGGCGCUGCUGCUGCUGGGCGAGGAGCCGCUGGCCGGCGCCCUGCGCAACCUGAGCCUGCGGCGGCUGGAGCUGGCGGGCAACGGGCUGCGGGCGCUGCCGGGCGCCGCGCUGCCGGAGGGGCUGGAGGAGCUGGAUCUGCGGAACAACUCGCUGCAGGGGCUGAGCCCCGAGGAGCUGGCCUGGUUGGACUCAGCCCCGCUGGGCAGGCUCCAGCUCUACCUGGGCUCCAACCCGCUGCGCUGCGACUGCGCCCUGCGCCCGCUGCUGGGCUGGAUGCGCAACGCCAGUUGGAGGGUGCCCGACGCGCGCAGCCUGCGCUGCGCCGCCCCGCGGGAGCUGAGCGGCUCGCCUGUGCUGCGCCUCCGCCUGGAGCAGCUGGGAUGCGGGGCCGGCUGGGAGCCGCGGCCCGAGGAGGCCGGCGAGCAGAAGGAACUGGAGACCGCCUCCUACGUGUUCUUCGGCAUUGUGCUGGCGCUGAUCGGGGUCAUCUUCCUCAUGGUGCUGUACCUCAACCGCAGGGGCAUCAAGCGCUGGCUCAACAACCUGCGGGAGGCCUGCCGGGACCAGAUGGAGGGCUACCACUACCGCUACGAGCAGGACACCGACCCGCGCCGGGCCAGCACCAGCCCCUCGGGGCUCUGAGCCAGAGUGCGGGGGCCACCUCGACGCCCGAUAGCCCUGCCGCACGCAGGGAUCCCACCCUUCCAGACCCCACCCCCACCCCCGGCCCAGAUAGCCCUGCUGCACGCAGGGAUCCCACCCUUCCAGAUCCCACUCCUCCACCCAUAGCCCAUUGGGAUCCCACCCCUGGCCCUCGGGGAUCUUUCCCCCAGUCCUUGAGGUUCCCAUCCAUCUGCCUACUACCCACGGCCCUUGGGGAUCCCACCUCCCAACACCCAUUACCCACAGCCUUCGGGGAUCCCACCCCAAGCCCCCACUCCUGGCCCUUGGGGAUCCUUUCCCCAGUCCUUGGGGAUCCCACUCCUCCAACCACUACCCACAGUCCUUGGAGGUCCCACCUCAUUGUCCAAGGAGUGUGUCCCACACACAUGAGUAGGGCUACCAUUAUCCAGGAAAUCCCCACAUCCAUUCACCAACUAGGGCAUAUCCCCAUGCAGGAGAAUAUCUAUCCACCCACGGAUUAUCUCAUAAAACCCCACUCCACCAAUCCCACUCACUCCCCAGAGGGGCACCCUUCCCCCCACUGUUGCCCACCUACUCAUGGAACAACCCCCAGAAGAAUACCCUUCACCAACCCCCAUCCUCUACCCAGGGAAUACCUACCUUCCACCCACCCACCCACUACUUGGGAAUACUCCCCUCUCCCUUCAUGCCUGACAUGGGGCACUUCCAACCAGAGGGAACCCCACUCCCCAGGACAACACCCACCUGUCCAGGGAACACCCAGCAAAACACCCCUCCACCAGCCCUCACCUCCAGGAGAACAGCUUUUUGCCAAUCCACUCAAGAUAGCACAGGAUCCAUCCUCAAGAUAGUAACAGCCCUCCCACAAAACUAAGAAAACUGCACAGGAUCCCCUCCACCCCCUUGGCUCACUGCACAGAAUCCAGUCCCCGGAAUAAUACAUCCCCCUCAAGGGUCCUGGCCCUCCUGGGGAUUGUGAAUGAGAGAGCUACCCACCUUCAAAUGAAUAACCGGCAUCAGAGACUGCACGGGAUCCAUCACACCCACCCUCCCACCAGUGUUCUAGGGGCAUGUGAAUGUACAGGACUCUCCGCCUAGAAUAAACUCCCAGUUGGGAAUUCACUGGCUCCACCCUGAGAGGCCCUUCUCUCCCCACCCCAAUGGUCCAGGGGGUGUGGUGUGAAUGUACAGGAAACACCCAGGUCCAUGCAGAAGUAACUAUGCAGGAAGCACUCCCGAAGAACCCCUCCCUCCCAGAAUCCACGGGGAGGUAUGAAUGUACAGGAUCCCUUUUGAAUGAACACAUCCCUUUAGAAAGAAAGCCCUUCACUCCUCCAGGGUGUGUGACAGCACAUGUUCCACUGCCCUAACAGAAGAACCCUCUCCCUAUGUCCCAUAGGAUGCUCCUUCAAAACCAUCGUCAAUGUCCAGGGAAGAAUCCAUGGGCCUGACCCCAGCAAAAGACCCUCCCAUGCCCUGCGGGAGUUAUGAAUGCACUGAAGAGCUCCAUGCACAAGCAACGCCUAGUUACUCCAGGAGAUCCUUUUAAUUUUUCCUUUGUUAAAAAAAGAAAACAUCCUUCUGCCACAAGCUAGAAUACAACUCCCUGUGAAUUUACUUUAUGCACAUGGACUGCGGGGUGAGUUUUUACUUGGUGAGUUGCUGAAAGCAAUGGGCUAGAUGGUAUUAAACUUGUUUCCUGGAUUUUUUUGGAGCCUAGACUUUUACCUGUACAGUUCUCUUUCCUAGUAUAUUUCUAACAAAUGCAAAACUAACUUGAUUUUUUUUUUUUUUUUUGCUCCAAACACAGAGGAAAAGAAAACAAAAAAACCCCACAAGAAGUCAUAUGAUCUGCUAAGCCCAUUUAUUUAUUACGGUUUUGUUCCACAAAAAUUAUGACUUCUCUCAGGCACAAAAUAAUGCACCUGCACAACAACAAACUUCCCUGCAGGCUGUAUGCAUGUUGCUAAAGCACAUGGAAGCAACUCAUUUCCGACUGCGAAGUAUAAUCUAGAGUCGACUGUCUCAACAAUCUUCAUAACUGUUUUUAAAAAAAAAAAAAAAAAAAAAGCUCUCAAUAUCUUGCACAGGUUUGCUUAGAUCUGCGCCUGCUAGUAUAUACUAGAGCAAAUAUACUGAAAGCUGCCUCCGGUGUAUUGUAUGUUUUCUAUAAAGCUUAUUGCAAUAA